GUCUUACAAAACCCUGGAUCAGUACAAGUCCUAUAAAACCCAACCAUACGAAGAGACAAUCCCCAUGCACAGUUCUGUUUUAAUGGCUCAUCCACAUUGCCCUGAGAUCGAUGACGCUGCCCCAAUGCAACACCAUAACUUGGUGGUUCCUUUAACGCCAACUUCUAUAGCAGAAAGCUUCGAGAAAAAAGGCCAUUCAUGGUUUGCCGUAUCUCAACUUCCAUCAGAUUUAACCGUAAAAGUUGAUGACAUCACAUUUUACGUUCACAAGUAUCCGCUGCUUUCAAGAUGCGCUUAUGUAGGACAGAUUGAUCUACAACCUUCAAUAUCAAACAAGGAUUACGAGCUGAAGUUACAAAACUUUCCAGGUGGAGCAGAAACGUUUGAAAUCGUCCUGAAAUUUUGCUACGGUCUUCCAGUAUCUUUAAACCCCAGAAACGCAGCUCCAUUAAGAUGUGCAGCGGAAUUCCUAGACAUGACUGAGGAAUUAGAAGAUGGAAACCUUAUCUCUAAAACCGAAUCUUUCCUCACUUUGGUAGUGUUUUCUUCAUGGAAGGACUCAAUUACUGUCCUAAAGUCGUGUGAAAAUCUCUCUCCAUGGGCUGAAAAUCUCCAGAUUGUAAGAAGAUGUUGUGAUUCAAUCGCUUGGGCUGCUGAAGGAAACUUUACGACAAUAGAAACUGCCAGUGAACAAAGCCGGUGGUUAAAUGAUGUUGCCACUCUCCGUAUUGAUAUUUUUUUGAAGAUUAUAACAUCAAUGACGCUGAAAGGACUUAGACCGGAUCUCCUAGUAUCAAGAGCAACGAAGGAUCAUAGAGAGCCUGUGUCACCAGCUUUUGUUUCCGAGCUUGAGAAAAGAAUCGGAAUGGUUAUGGAAAAUGCUAGUGUGUACGAUCUUCUGAUACCUGGAUACACGACAGGAGAACAAGGAAAGCAAGUGAAAUCUACCGCAGAGCAGACUUUAUACAACGUCGAUUCUGUGCAAAGGAUAUUGGAAUAUUACUUGAUGCAUGGACAGCAGCAGAAAAUACAAGGUCAUGAUAAAGUGAUUGCUGAAUCAUUACCAGAUAAUGCUCGACUUUGUGACGAUGGACUCUACCGAGCAAUUGAUAUAUAUCUGAAGGCACAUCCUUCGCUCUCUGAACAUGACAGAAGAAGAUUAUGCAGGGCGAUGGAAUGUCAAAAGCUUUCAAUCGAUGCAUGCACACAUGCUGCACGAAAUGAUCGACUGCCUUUAAGAACAGUUAUGCAGGUAUUGCUUGCGGAGCAAUUAAAGCUGAGGGAAGAAAUGCACAAGAAGCGGUUAACAGGAAACGAUGAUUCUUCAGAGCAGGAAGACGACGGCGCUUCUCCAAAAGAAGAAAUUAAAAUGCUCAAAGUAGAACUGGAAAAGAUGAUGGAUUUAAUAAAAGAACUUCAAAAGGACUACACAAAUUUACAACAAGAUUGUGAAAAGAUGAGAAAUAAGCAGAAUGCUUUGUCGGGUUGGAUUUUAGGAUGGCAUAAGAUCAAAAGAUCUACAUUGUUUCAAGGGAGAUUCGAUACAAAUGAAAAUAGAGAUGGAAAAGUGAAAGAUAGAGAGGGAAAAGAAAAAGAAAAGAGAAUCAGUUCUAUGCUUAGAUUAAAAAGAAGGCAAUCCAUGUCCUGAAUGGUAAAUCAAUAACUCUACUCAAACUUUAUCUAUGUAAUCCGUAGAGCCCGUGGCCACCCUCAAUUGUUGAAGAUGAUUUUCUCUCUCCUCCACGUAUUAUUGUAAUCCCUCUAUAUCUUUUCAUAUAGUCAACUUUAGUUUAAUAUAUAUUAGUGGC